AUGCGGGGAGCUCAUGCCAAGUACAUAGCAGCUGAUCUGGUGACGUGCAUCGAGGUGGUUGAGGCGUACGUGGAGAGGACCAAGGAGGUCAAUCCACUCAUCAACGCCGUCGUUAAGGACCGGUUUGAGGAGGCCCUGCAGGAAGCCCGGCAGGUCGAUAAGCUGCUUUCGGAGGGCCCUGGCGAUGACUACCUGGAGGAGAAGUUCCCCUUGUUAGGGGUUCCCAUCACCGUCAAGGAGGCCUUUUCUUUGCACGGGAUGCCCAACACGUCUGGCUUGGUCAACCGCCGCAAUGUGAUUGCCACCUCGGAUGCCACAGUGGUGUCCCGGCUGAAGCAGGCCGGUGCCAUCCCGCUGGGGGUGACCAACUGCAGCGAGCUGUGCAUGUGGUACGAGUCCAGCAACAGGGUCUACGGCCGGACCAACAACCCCUACGACCUGCAGAGGAUCGUGGGUGGCAGCUCAGGUGGGGAGGGCAGUGCCCUGGCAGCUGCCUGCUCCGUCAUAGGUGUGGGCUCCGACAUUGGUGGCAGCAUCCGGAUGCCUGCCUUCUUCAAUGGAGUCUUUGGCCAUAAACCCACGACAGGGGUGGUGCCCAACGACGGCCAGUUCCCAAAUGCUCGAGGGGUGCGGACCAGCUUCCUGUGCACGGGGCCCAUGUGCCGCUACGCGGAGGACCUGGAGCCUAUGCUGAGGGUCAUGGCUGGUCCUGGAGUCAACAAGCUGAAGCUGGAUGAAAAGGUGUCACUGGAGAAAAUAAAAUUUCACUGCAUGGAUCAUGACGGCGGGUCCAUUUUUGUAUCACCUGUGGACAAGGAGAUCUUGCAGGCUCAAAAAAAGGUGGUGGAGCACCUUGAAGGCAAGCUGGGGGUCCAAGUUCAGCGCGUGUCCAUCCACAAGAUGAAGUAUUCUUUCCAGAUCUGGUCAGCCAUGAUGUCGUCCAAGGACAGUGAUGGGCAGGAGGCACAGCUAUUCACGGACCUGCUGGGGGAUCACGGAAAACCAGUAUGGCCACUGUGGGAGCUGAUGAAGUGGCUUGUGGGGAUGUCUUCCCACACUCUUCCAGCUAUUGCCCUUGGGCUGACAGAGAAGCUGAUGAAACUCAACCCUGGUGGUAAUGCCAAGCUGGUGAGCAUGGGGAAGAGCCUGCAGGAGGAGAUGGAGGCCUUGCUGGGGCCAGAUGGAGUUCUCCUCUACCCCUCCCACCCCACCAUAGCUCCCAGGCACCACUCCCCCAUAUGCAUGCCCUUCAACUUCGCCUACACAGCUAUCUUCAACGUCCUGGGCUUGCCAGUGACGCAGUGCCCACUGGGCCUGAGCAGCGAGGGCUUGCCACUGGGCAUACAGCUGGUGGCUGCCUCCUACAAUGACCACCUGACGCUGGCGGUAGCCCGGUAUCUGGAAGAGGCCUUUGGAGGAUGGGUUUUGCCUGGGAAAGUUUAACCUGGGCUCCUGGCACUGCAGGGAGGCAGGGAUGGAGAUGGUGGUACCCAGGCGGGCGCUGAUGCCUCAUUCUGCCAUAGCACUACCUGCUCCAUCCACACCCUUCCUGGUGCCUUCCUGGGAGUGGCCGGCAGUGCCUCCAGCCCCUGGGGAAGCCGGGCUGUUGCCGGUGGAGUCGUAUCCUCUCUGCAGCACCCUUUGCCCUGAGAGAGACCUGCCCUCCCUGUGGCCCUUUGGGAACCCCAGUGCCACAGGCUGGCAGUAGGCUGUCUGUGUCCUGCCUGUGGCAGGCAUCUAGAUUCUGGGCAUGGAGAUGGCAUCUCUCUGUACACUUGCUGCUUUGAAGAUGCUGAGUGAAGGCUGGGGAGAGGAGGUGCUGCCAGACUGCUUGGGGACAACUGCCCAGAACCACCCUUGGAGCCCCUGGGUGCAUCCAUCCUCUUUGGCCUUGCCUUGCCCACAGGACUGGGACUGCACCUGGUGCACCACAGGCUUGCCAGCCUCUGAAACCUCCUUGAGCUGCUACAGGGUUUCACACACCCUCUAACCAAAAGGGAGAGGGGCUGAGGGUGCUGGAGGCAGCCGUAUGCUUGUAUCACUGGGGGUGCUUUGUGGAGUGGAUGGUGCUGGACUCUACCUCGCCUGGAGCUGAUGGGCAAGGGAGAAGGAGCUUUUGCUCUUGCGAGCUUUUGACAGCACUGGAAGAGCUCUUUAAAUGCUCCUCUGCAUGUGCUGAGACAGCUAAAGCAUCUCCUGCCUGUGUCUUCUUCCCCUUCUGUCCCAGAGGAUCACCCAGCCUGAUUGGUGUCCCCUGCCGCCCGCCCUCCCUGGCCUCCCUGCUCCCACGAGCAGUCUCAGGCAGAAACGUGGGCAGCUGGCUGUUCCUGGGGCAGACAACAAGUGUAAGAUGUUUUCAGUGAGGGUGGUAUUAAAGUCUGUCCAGUU